CCAAUUUGCCGCUAACAGUGUGCCUUGAAGCCUGUCUCAGGCCUUUCCCGAUGUUUCUUGCUUCCACCUCUCCUCCCACUACUCACAGCCAGUUUUGUUAUCGCAAAAUAGGAUGGACCUCACCCAAAUUCCUCUAACGCAAGCUUCUAUUCCGUAUGGACUCGAGACAGAGUUAGCAUCUAGACGAUACGAAGGACAUCUUGGCAUACAGCAGAUCCCAUACUAUUUCAACCCGGGGUUCAAUCCACAGUCCUCAAGUUCCGGCCAGUCCUCUCUCCUUGGUCUACCUGAUGAAGAACUGCCAUGGCCACAGCGUGUACUUGAUGAAGUCCGAGACCUAGUGCUUCUUCUUACGCCGGAUGGAAUAGUUAAAUAUGUCUCUCCAUCAUACAAAGCUAUUACCGGCUUCGAGACAACACAAAUAGAGCACGAUCACCUCUCCCGACUCAUUCACGAUGACGACAAAUCUGUCUUUACACGAGAAUUGCGCGAAUGUAUAGCCACUGGUCGCCUUCUCCGAUGUCAUUUCCGUAUGUAUAAAGUCGAUAAUUCUACUUGUGUGAUGGAAGCGCAUGGCCACCCGCACUUUUCAACACGCAACGAAGAUGGGAAUCAGCAGCAAAUCUGCGACGGUGUUUUUCUAGUCUGCCGCCUUUACCAUACACAAAGCACCCGACUUCUAGAUUCUUUCCUAGAGCACAAACUCGAAAACAUCCGGUUAAAAGAACGCAUUGCGCAGCUGAAAAGGGAAGAAGAGAACGGUUCCAAUCCCGCUGCGCAGAAAACGAACGCCUCGCGAGUUUCUUAUCAACACCACCCACCAAUGAACAAGGUCUUUCCGAAUCAACACAGUCAAUCCAAUCCUAUCUCUUCUCUCGAACCACCCAUGGUCCCCAGUGAAGACAAUGAGUUAUCCGAUGCACUCGGUAACAUGGAUGAGAUAGACACGAACCAAGCUAGAGCUGCUACUUUGAACGAGGAAGAGCCCUGGUCUCAUCUCAAUGAUAUCGAACUCCUUACAGGACUCUUCCUUACUGAGGGCGAGAGAGCCCAAGGUAUCAGCACUGGUACCCCAGAUGGCUAUCUUUAUCAUUUCACUGGAACAACAACCCCAUCAAUAGAGCAAAACCAGAAACAGCAGCCUCCGCCGGAAAAUGAACCGAGAAAGAGAAUGAAGGGUGAAUACCGAUGCGCGGACUGUGGGACAUCAGACUCGCCAGAGUGGAGGAAAGGCCCUGGUGGUCCUAAGACUUUAUGUAACGCCUGCGGAUUACGUUGGGCCAAAAGGGAGAAGAAGCGUCACGAUUCUUGA